GAGCAAUUAUUUUAUUCUCAUCGUACUUUUUUUUCUCUCUCUUCCCCUCCUUUCCUCUCUUCCCUCCCCGCCCCCUCUCUUCUUCGAUCGAUAAUUUUCUCCGCUCGUUGAUCGGUUUUCUUUUUUUGAAUUUAUCGGUGACCGCGUAUGAUUCCCUGCGGAGAGUAUAUACAUAAGAUUGGACAGAGAGUGCAAUCGAGUUGUGAUUAUCGAAGUGGACUGACCGAUCGAUUUCUCGGCUGUGAAGUGAAUUAAUAUCCCAGGAAAACGAUUGAAAACGGAGAAAGGAAGUGAGCAGCGAGUACACACAACGGGCGAGCAACGGGUGGCUGGAAACGGUGACUUACAUCGAGAGCGCCAACCUGCAAUCAAGGUUCAUGGUUUUCAUGGAUGAGAGCGAGCUCUCGAGCAAGCGGUGGGCCAGCGCGCCCCGCCGCCCGGACAGCCCCUGCGUCCUGGGGGCACCAACGUCUAGGGAGGCGGCGGGACCGCCGGUGCAGCUGGAACCAGUGGAUCUGUCCGUGAAAACUCCCGUGGUGUUGCAGGUGCCCCGGUACAGUCCAGCGGCUAUAAUUACCGCCACUGCUAGAAGAAUCCCUUCACCUUCCACGACGCCUACGCCACCGCCGCUCUCCGCAUCUACCGUGUCGCCGCCUUUGCCGCCUGUGGUCGAAACGGCGUGGGAUAGAAACCGGGAACGUGAACGCGAGAGGGUGCGAGAGAGGAGCACGGAGAACGAGCACAGGGACAGGCAGCUAGACAGAGAAUCGGGGAUAAGGGAGAGGGAGACGAGGGAUCGGGAGAAGGAGCGGGAUCGCGAUAGGGAGAGGCAAAGGGAUAGAGAGCGGGACGUGUCGGUCCGCAUGAUGGAACCGCUCGAUCCCGUCUUCGUCUCCCCCUCGGCGGCCCUCCUCGCGUUGCAGAGGAUAAAGGAAACGUCCCUGCGAGAAACCGUAUCAGUGCACAUGGGAGGGUUGCACGUGGAAAUUCGCACGUUCCGACGAAUUAACGCGGCACUAUCGCAAGCAUACGGGCCAGAAGCCGUUCAAGUGCCAUCUUUGCCAACGAUCGUUCUCGCGGAGCGACCACUUAUCGCUUCACAUGAAAAGGCACUGAUAAAAAGGACCGUCUUAGCCCAUGGAAGGAAAAAAAAAAAAAAAAAAAAGAAAUGGAACGAGGGAGGAAAGAAGGAGGAAGAGAGACACCCGUCUCGUCCCGGGAAAUGGGGACCUCGUUUAUUAUUAGUGCGAUCGGAUGGACGACGACGACGACGACGACGAUGACGAGGACGACGACGAAGAUGAUUCUUUUGAUUUUUUUUUCUUUUUUUUUUUUUUUUUUUUUUUUUUUUUUUUUUUUUUUUUUUUACAUUCGGGACCUGAAACAGCCUCCACACGUUGUGCACUCGAAUCGUUUCCAUCGAACGUGAAGAGUCGGAGGCGGAAACUAGGAGAAAAAAAAAAAAAUGAAGAAGCAAACGAAUCGUUCAUUAGAUUUACGAGUUUAAUCUAAUGGAGGUAUCAUUGCAAUUAUCGCGCAAAGCGCAAGCCUGCUAGCAAUCGUGAAACGUGAAUCGUUGUGAAUUUAUUUCCUUUAUUUUGUUCUUGUUGAAUAUUCGCCUCCUACGAGGGAACGAAUUUCUGUUUUCAAUUUUCGUUAUUUAAGAGCGAAGGUGUGUGUAGCGUGUAAGAAUUGUUGAUAUUUAAAGAUAUUUGAUUAAAAUUUAUUUAUUCUAUGUGGUGCGGUGGUAUUUUAAGGAAAACGAGGCAUCGUGGGAAGUAUAACUUCGACGAUGAAAAAAAAGAAUUUCGCAUAGAAGAGAAGAUCGAUUGCUAUGGGUUUUCCGCAAGUUAGAACGCGGUAAACGCGUCAUUUUUGUUCUUUUUUUUUUUUUUUUUAUUUUUUA